AUGAGUGCUGAAACAUAUGUCGCAAACGGAUUGAGGCACAUUAAGCCAUAUUAUACUACACGUUCUAAUUAUGUUAAGGGAAGAUGGAUAGGGCGAUCACUUAUCGAUGUUCUAACAACUGAGUUUAAGAGUUUUUCAAGAGAACAUUAUCUUAAACAGAUUACUCAAGGUAGAUACUUAUUGAAACGAAAUGAUGUAUUAUUGGACGCAUUGAAUUCACCGAUCAGAAGUGGAGAUGUUGUGACGAUGAAGCAACAUAAGCAUGAACCUCCUGUGAAACAAUGGUGUAACGUAGAGCUGGAAAAUUGUGAUACAGCAACGAGAAUUGCUGGCUUUAACGUAGUUCAUAAUGACAGCCGUUUAUUAGUGAUAGAUAAACCUGUUGGAAUACCUGUUCAUCCAACGGGACAAUUCUACCGUAACACAAUAACAGAGAUACUAAAGGAACAUGAACAUUUCGUAUCUCCGUGUUAUAGAUUAGAUAAAGUUACAUCAGGUUUACUUAUUUUAGCAAAGAAUACCAUGGUUGCUAGAGAAAUACAAAUGAAGAUUGGAGCUAGAGAUAUGAAUAAAAUAUAUUUGGCAAGAGUACGAGGUAAGUUUCCCCAUGUGACCACUACAAAAUUCCCAACGAGUAAUCAAUUGGACAGUUUAUUUCAACAUAAUAGUAUUACUACCAUUGAAAAUUCACCAAUAUAUUCAAUUGAACCAAAGAAAGGUUUCCCAGCAGGUCUUUCUGAUUCAAAAGAAGCUACAACUUUGUUUUACCCCAUACGAUAUUUUCCAGAAACAAAUGAAAGUAUUCUCGCAUGCAAACCAUUGACAGGUAGAACACAUCAGAUAAGAAUACAUUUGGCAAGACUAGAGUUUCCUAUUGUGAAUGAUUCGAUUUACUCCUCUGAAUAUACUAUGUAUCCGAACAGAUUACAAUUCAUUAAAGAUUAUCGCCAUUGGGAGCUUUCUCCAGUAACAAAAGAUCAAUUGCGUGAACAGUUUCAACAAAUUAUCUAUGAGGCUAAAAGUGUAAGUGAUUUAAAAGUGAAUGAGGAUAAUCGAACUUGUGAAGAAUGUGGUGUUGCUCUUAUGGCAGAUCCGCAGAUGUUACAAUUAGAAUUAUAUUUACACGCAUGGCAAUAUUGUGACAACGACAAAACUUUCAAUUUCCAAACAGAGUUACCAACCUGGGCAGAAAACUGA